CGGACCGCGCCUUCUCGUUCCSUUGCUGUUGGAUCCUUUGAUGGAGGAAGUACGAGUAUGAAACUUCACGACCAAAAAGGGCACGAGAUGCAGCAGCACAUAGCGGUUCAUAAGAGACUCAAACAUUUGAUAGUACUCGUACUCUACCCAAUCGGCUUGCACUGGAAUAGCACUUACCACGGAGACAACGAAAAGGGCACCCAUUCAUUGCAAUAUCAUCGAAUAUGGCCAGCGACGACUACGGAAUCCAGCAUUUUAACAUCGGCGACACCUUGCGCCACAAAGGAUUUUACGAUGAUUCCAUCGCGGAACUCUUUCACGCAAUGACUCUGCUUGAGACAAGGCUGGGAACUAAAAGCAAGGAGGUUGCGGCAACUAGUUACAGUCUCGGKCUGGCAUACCGUGCCACAAAAGAUUACAAACAGGCCUUGAAGCAUCUCAACAGAGCACAAGAAGUUUAUAAGRUCCAGAAAGGAGACAAGAGCGAAUUUGCCGACAACAUCAAGGAUUGCAAACUAAAUAUUGCCCGAACACACCACAGCCGAGGYGUCAUGUACCAGCGAAACGGAGACUACAACCUUUCGGUUUCCGAACACCGCAAAGCAAUUGCCAUCAGGGAAGCCUUGCUCGGUCGAUCGCACCUGGAGACGGCACGAAGUUAUUACGUGUUGGGCUGUGCUCUGAGCGACCGCGGAGACUUCGACGAAGCCCUUGGCGAUUUGCGCAGGGCGCUUCGAAUCAGGCUCAAGGUUUUUGGAAAGGAUCACAYCGACGUGGUGGAGGUCGCCUCGAACAUUGCCACGGUGAUGGCCGCCAAAGGUGUUGAUGCAGAAUCCGUUGACGAAUACAAGAUGGUCGUUAUUCGAUCAUUGGAAUACGAAACCGAAGGAGAUAUCAUGAGUCGAAAGGGUGACCUAGACGAUGCAAUUAUCCUGUAYAAAAARGCGCUGUCGUUGGAAAUUCAGUACCUUGGGGACUUGCACCCUACAACUUGUGAUUUAUACCUUCGAAUGGCGGUAAGUUACGAUUCAUCCAAAACGUGAUACACCCUGUCCGGUUGCAUGUUUGUAAAUCUCACCCUUAUUUCUCACGAUGGUUUCGAAAUGAUCUGUGSGACUCACAGGAUGCCUUGAGUGAGUCGGGUGAUCUGGAAGGGAGCUUGGUUGAGUACAAAUCGGCAAUCACCAUCUACGAGCGCAUCAUGGGGAAAUUCCACGUCAAAAUGGCCAACAUCUACACGAGGCUCGCCGGCGUUUUGAUGGACAAGGGAGAAUACGAGACCGCGUUGUCGUUUUACGCCAAGGCGUACGGUAUUUUUGACGGAACGCUCGGACUCCACGACGACACCAAACAAGCMCUGAUGAACGUGAAGCUCGCAGCCGAGAAAAAUCGCGCCGCCGUCACCUCGAUGGAGAUUCUUGUCAAGGCCGAGGAAGAGUUCAAAAAGCGCCACCCGGAGCUCACGGCGAGCGUAGCAUCGGAAUCCGAYGAGGACGGAGAGGACGACGAAAAURGAUCAGACGACGAGAAGAAGAAAAAGAAGAAGAAGAARAAAAAGAAGAAGAAAAAGAGCAAAGACAUCGACGUCGACAACGGCGACGAAGAAGAAAUGGAUAUUAUCUAACAGGAGUGCGGAACAAAAAUGCAAUAUCAGUCGUCGCAUACUGAACAUCUCUACAGGGAUGAAUCGUGUGUUCCUAGAUCAGUUUCUCUCGUUUCCGUAUGUAGGUAUAGCGAAGAACAAACAAUAAGUGAAAACGUGCCACAAUUUUUWAAAAAUAUACCCUUAGCUCGCGU